UGGUAACGCAAUCAGUUUUGUGUUUUGACUUUUGGUAUAUUAAAUAUUUAAUUAAUUACUUUACAUUUCAGAAAGAAAGAUUUUCAUCGGUUUAACUGCCACAAGAUUUUAAAAAUGCAUAUAAAGCAGGUAAUUAUUCAAGGCUUUAAAAGUUACCGGGAGCAAAUAGUAGUGGAACCAUUUGAUAAACGUCAUAAUGUUGUUGUUGGACGAAAUGGAUCUGGGAAAAGUAACUUCUUUCAUGCUAUUCAGUUUGUGUUAAGUGAUGAAUUCUCACAUCUCCGUCCAGAACAGAGGCUGGGACUGCUUCAUGAGGGUACUGGACCCAGAGUUAUAUCCGCCUUUGUUGAGAUUAUAUUUGACAAUUCAGAUAACAGAAUACCAAUUGAGAAGGAUGAAAUUUUCUUGAGACGAGUUAUAGGAUCGAAAAAAGAUCAAUUUUUCUUGAACAAAAAGGUUGUACCACGCUCAGAGGUACUGAACCUACUGGAAAGUGCAGGAUUAUCAAAUUCAAAUCCGUAUUAUAUUGUGAAACAAGGAAAGAUCAACCAAAUGGCAAUUGCUCCAGACUCUCAGAGACUUAAACUAUUGAGAGAAGUUGCUGGUACAAGAGUUUAUGAUGAAAGACGGGAAGAGUCUGUGACUAUUCUAAAGGAAACUGUUGGAAAGGUUGAGAAAAUAAAUGAAUACCUGCAAACAAUUGAAGAAAGACUAAAGACGCUGGAAGAAGAAAAAGAGGAGUUGAAAGAAUACCAAAAAUGGGACAAAUCUCGACGUGUUUUGGAGUUCAUUGUACAUGACACAGAACAUCGGGAGAAUAAGAGAAAACUGGAAGAAUUGCAAAAGGUUCGUGCAAACAGUGGUAAGGAACAACAGCAGUAUGCAGACCUUGUGAGGGAAGCCCAGGAACAUGUGCGGGAGUCUAACAAAAAAUUGAAAGAUGCGAGGAAAGAUGUGGGGGCAGCCAAGGAAGAAAAAGACAUAUUGUCAACGGAGCUUCAACAACUGUUGAGGGAGAAAACUAAACUGGAGUUGGGUAUCAAAGAUCUCACUGACGAUGUUGAUGGUGACAACAAAUCCAAGGAAAGAGCUGAAGCCGAGUUAGAGCGGUUAAGACAACAAAUAUCAGAAAAAGAGAGAGAGCUAGAAGAGUUGAAGCCAAAAUACGAAGAAAUGAAAGCAAGAGAGGAGGAAUGUACUCGAGCCCUGGCAUUGAACCAGCAGAAGCGACAGGAGCUGUAUGCUAAGCAGGGCCGGGGCACGCAGUUCACAUCCAAACAGGACAGGGACAAGUGGAUUGAGAAGGAACUUAAAUCAUUGAACAAACAGAUAAAAGACAAGAAGGACCAUGAGACUAAGCUUCGCGAUGACUUGCGGCGUGAUGCUACCAAACUAACAGAGUUGGAGAAGCGAAUAGAGGAGCUCACAAAGGAGAUGGAACGGCAGAGAGUGGCCAUUGACGAGCACAACAAGCAGUACUACGAGUGCAAGAAGAGAAAGGAUCAGGAGCAGUGCACCAGAAAUGAGCUGUGGCGUAAAGAGACUACUCUUACACAAAACCUGUCUUCGCUUAAAGAAGACCUAGCAAAGGCUGAUCAAGCACUAAGAUCUAUGGCAGGAAAGCCCAUUCUGAACGGUCGGGACAGUGUUCGCAAGGUGUUGGAAACAUUCCAAGAACGUGGAGGAGAGUGGGCCAAAAUCGCCGAUCAGUACUUCGGGCCCGUCAUAGAGAACUUUACCUGUGACAAGACUAUAUACACUGCAGUCGAGGUGACGGCAGGCAACAGAUUGUUCCACCACAUAGUGGAGUCAGACACUGUUGGGACAAAGAUUCUAAAGGAGAUGAACCGACAGAAUCUCCCCGGGGAAGUUACCUUCAUGCCGCUUAACAGGCUGCAAGUACGGGACAUGAACUACCCGAAUGACAAUAAUGCUAUUGCUAUGGUGCAUAAGCUGAAAUACGAUCCAAAGUACGCGAAAGCGAUGAAGUACAUCUUCGGCAAGACCCUGAUAUGCCGGAACUUGGAAUGCGCUACCGAGCUGGGCAAGCAGUAUCAUCUAGAUUGCGUGACGUUGGAGGGUGACCAGGUUUCGUCCAAGGGUUCUCUAACUGGUGGUUACUUCAACCAAUCGCGGUCUCGUCUGGAGAUGCAGAAGACCAGGUCGGAGCUGAUGGAGCAAAUUACCACGCUCGAGGAGGAGCUCAACCAGCUACGACAAGAGUUGAACAAGACUGAGACCAGCAUCAACUCUAUUGUCUCUGAGAUGCAGAGAACUGAAACAAAGCAGGGUAAAGCCAAGGACAUCUUCGACAAGGUGAAGGCAGACAUCCGCCUGAUGAAGGAAGAGUUAUCUUCUAUAGAACGUUUCCGCGGCCCCAAGGAGCGCUCCCUAGCGCAGUGUCACUCCAGUCUGGAAGCUAUGCAAGCCACGAAGGAGGGACUCGAAUCUGAACUACAUCAGGAGCUAAUGGAGCAACUAUCGACCGCGGACCAAGGGAAGGUCGACGAGCUUAACGACGCUAUACGGCGCCUCACGCAGGAGAACAAGGAGGCCUUCAGCCAGAGAAUGAACCUCGAAGCCACCAAGAAUAAGCUGGAGAACUUGCUCACCAACAACUUGAUACGCCGUAAAGACGAACUGGUCCAAGCGCUGCAAGAGAUAUCGGUGGAGGAUCGCAAGCGACGGCUACAGAACAGCAAGUCGGACCUGAUCGCGGCGGAGAAGCGCAUCAAGCAGAUCAACAAGGACCUGGAGGAGGUCGACAAGAAGGUGCUGGCGGCCGUCAAGAACGAGAAGGCACUCAAGAUUGAGCUGGAGAAGUGGAGAAACAAGGAAAAAGAAGUGCAAGAUAAAAUGGAAGAAGACACAAGAGACCUCGAGAAGUUGGCUUCCAAGGAAGUGUUUCUUCAGGAGAAAAUUCAAGAGUCCCUGGAUAAGAUAGCUGCCCUGGGCACACUCCCCAACGCGCCCGAGCUGCACACCAAAUAUGAGAAAAUGUCGCUCAAGCAGUUAUUCAAAGAACUGGAGAAGGCGAAUCAACACCUGAAGAAGUAUAACCAUGUCAACAAGAAAGCCCUGGAUCAGUUUAUCAGCUUCUCCGAGCAGAAGGAGAAAUUGUACAAGAGAAAAGAGGAGUUGGAUAUUGGCGGCGAGAAAAUCCGUGAGCUGAUAGAGGUGCUCGAGCACCGCAAGCUGGAGGCCAUUCAGUUCACGUUCAAGCAGGUCAGCAAGAACUUCACGGACGUGUUCAAGAAGCUGGCGCCGCAGGGCCGCGGGUCUCUCAUCAUGCGAGUGGCAGACGAACUGGAUGUCAACCCCGACCGAGCGAACGCGGAGCAGUUCUGCGGCGUGGGCAUCCGGGUGUCGUUCACGGGCGGCGAGGGAGACAUGCGAGAGAUGAACCAGCUCUCGGGCGGACAGAAGUCGCUGGUCGCGCUCGCUCUCAUCUUCGCGAUCCAGAAGUGCGACCCCGCGCCCUUCUACCUCUUCGACGAGAUCGACCAGGCGCUAGACGCGCAGCACCGCAAGGCGAUCGCUAACAUGAUCCACGAGCUGUCGAGCAGCGCGCAGUUCAUCACGACCACGUUCCGGCCCGAGCUGCUGGAGCACGCGCACAAGUUCUACGGAGUCAAGUUCCGCAACAAAGUGUCGCACGUGGAGUGUGUCUCGCAGGCGGAGGCGAGGGACUUCGUGGAGGACAGCGCUACGCACGCAUAAACUAUAUGUUGGUUAUAUGUGCAGGGGCAUGCAGCGGUAGGCGCUAAAUUAUUUAUAGAAUAACGGAACCAUAUUAAACUAAAAAAACAUUAACACUAGUGCUAUAUUUAUUAAGGUUCUUAACGAGGUAGGCACUGCCUAAUUGCUUAUAUUAUGGUAUGCACGCCCCUGUAUAUAUUUUUGUUAUUUCCUUUCGGAUUUUCAAGCAUAGCUGUUCUAUUUGAAGGUCAAAUACAUAUGAUUCAAAUAGCACCGGUUAAUUUUUUUUUAUGACAAUAAGAGAAGAGACGAGCAGGACGUUCAGCUGAUGGUUAUUGAUACGCCCUCCCCAUUUUAAUGCUGUGCCGCUCAGGAUUCUUGAAAAUCCCAAAAAUUCUGAGUGACACUACAAUUGCGCUCGUCUACUUGAGAUAUAAGAUAUUAAGUGUCGUUUGCGGAGUAAUCUCACUAGAUACGGCAACCUUCAGACCGAAACACAAUAAUGCUUCACAGCCUUCCACUGGUAAAUUAUUGAAUAUUGAGAAUUAUUUAAUAGGAAGCCAACUUUUGUACGAUUUGAGUUUUUAUAAAUGCGUAAUUUAUUUUGUUACACUUUGUAGAUAACAAUUAAAAUGAAACAGAAAUACCAAUUAUUAUGAACCCAGUUCUAGAUUAUUUCGUGGAAGACACGUCUACAACUCCUUUCACGGGAUGCCGGCUUAUUAUGAGUACAACAACGAAGCCUAUUUCUGCCGUGAAGAAGUAAUGUGUAAGCAUUACUAUGUUUCGGUCUGUAUAUUGUCCGUAGCUAGUAAAAUUACUGGGCAAAUGAGACUUAACAUCUUACGUCUCAAGGUAACGAGCGCAGUUGUAGUGCCGCACAGAAUUUUUGGGAUUUUCAAGAAUCCUGAGCGGCACAGCAUUAAAAUGGGCAGGGCGUAUCAAUUACCAUCAGCUGAACGUCCUGCUCGUCUCGUUACUUAUUUCUUCUCGUUAAGUAAAAACCACCAACCUUCAUCGGCCUCUAUGUAAUGAUAAUGACACGCCAACUUAACGUACGUACGAAUAUGACAUCAAUGUAUUGUAGUUCAUUUGGCGUCGUGUAUUGUUGAUUCACUAUCCUUUCUUAAAAUUUGAACCCUAACCCACCGAAAAAAGGCAUUUCUUUUUAAAUUCUACCUAAAUACUUGGCACUUAUGUUCACGUGAAUUUUGUCUAAUGUUUCGUCUUGUUUUAUUUAUAAAUUCCUCACUGCUAGUCGAACAAAGGUGUUAUAUCGCCAUGUGGCGUCAAUCUGGCCUUAGAAGCACGGCGUGUUUAACAUCACAGUUGAAUUGUAUGUAAAACUAAUAUUAUGUGGUGUUUUUCGUAGUGUUAAAUUUAUUAAUAUAAAUAAAAGCCUUUAAUUUUCUCAAAAUUUAUUCCUUUAGAAUUAUUUUUGAUCUUUUUUAUCUCUAAUAUUUUGUUAAUCAUUAUUAUAGGUUACGUUUGGUUGAUUGAGCUGGAUGUGAUGUCGUUUUAGUUUAGUUAAGUGAUAUAAAGUAUUUAAGUUUGAAUGUAUCUAUAAUAUUUGUUUAAUUAUAUCGACGUGUAAGUAGACAAUAAAGAUUCUUAUUUAGCAAA